UUAUCUCUCUCACGAAACAGAAGAAGAAAAGGUCUUCGUUAUCCUGAAACAAGCCAGCCGCCCACCAUGUCUUGUUACCGCCUUUUGAUCUUUAUACUUCUCCUCCUCUUCCUCCUCCUCCUCCAACCUUGUAACUCAACUCCGCCUCGAACUUCUUCAAGAAACCACCCGAACCACCAUCUCCACCGCCAGCAACAUGACUCCAGGUUCCGUUCUUGUAGUUCUUUCUCUCGCGCACAGCAACGUUCUUUGUGUUUUCAGCUUCAAAGAAUCCACAAAUUCCAACCUUCCUUUCCAUCAUUGUCACCAAAACCACCACCACAACCGGAACUCAAUGAAAUUGAUCCAAGAUAUGGUGUGGAAAAGAGACUUGUUCCCUCAGGACCCAACCCUCUUCACAACUGAAAACCUCAACUCAACCCCAUCAUGUCACCGUUUUGUUUAUACACCAUCUUUUAUAUCUAGUACCUAUAAUUUCUCCAAGAUUUUGCUUUCUUUGCAAUUCUUCUUACCUUUCUUGCAUGGAGUUUAUAUGCGGCUGCCCUUUCCGUUUCCUUUACUGGAUAAUUCAGCGGUAACUAGCAGUUAUACCAAGGAAAGGACGUAGGCGGUGAUGCUCAAUUUAGUAUUAGACAUUAUUAGCUAUUUUCUUCUGUUUUUUCACUGUUUCUUUACAGACGAUUGCUAUUUCCACACUUGUUUUUGGUCUUUGGGUUCUAUCCUAUUACUUUUAGUGACGAAAAAAGAUACAACUACAUAGUUGUUGCCAUUAAAAGGAUAGACAAAAUUUGGAGGAGACAGCAAAAACACAAAAGAAACAAGCAAGGAAAUGGCGUAUCGUUGCUGUUUCUUAGUGACUGGUUCAUGCUUCAAAGGGAGAAGGAUCAGAGGAAGAGGGGAGUUGAAUUCAAGAGAAACCCAUGAGUUUCAUUAAUUGACAUUGUGAAGGAGAUAUUGUUAGGUCUUGGGUAAG